AUGAUGGCUAAGUUUCAAAUCGCCCCUGAAAGAAUUAAACGAGCCGUUAAUAAAGAAAAAACCUAUCCAGACGAUACUCCCGAAUUCGAUCGGUCUGCUGUAUCGUUAGACUUUCCGGAUGAACUUUUUAGUACAGCUUUUCAAACUUUAACGAAUGUCUCGAAAGUUGCAUCUCGUCUUAUAAUGAACUCUGCGAGACGUUAUUCGCGUUUUGUUUUAUUUUUCAAACCAGUUUUUGGCGAUGCUUUAGUAGUUAAAGGGUUUGAAGAUCCUACUACGACCACAACAACGACAACAACCACUACUACACCACGUGCUUUAACGAUGGAUAUGGAUAGUCUUAACGAAAUUUAA